UCGCCGUCGCCGGUGGUGGCUCAGCUGUCUGAUAUUUAUAUAUUUAACUUGGACUACGUGGAGCACAUUGAUGUCCUUGAGGACAAGAAGGAGGCUCCAGAACCUUUGCCAAUUAUUAGUGUUGACAAGAUAUCAAAACGACUGCAGGAACAAGAAAAAGAUCGAGCCAAACAAAAAACCUACAUUGGUGUCGGUGUGUCUCCUGAAGGGCAGCGACUGAUGAACACAAUAUCCAAAACCAUCAGUGACUGUAGAUGGCAUAAUCAAGACAUUGUUGUCAUGGGAGAGGUGACCAUUAGGCCGCCGUACGGACCUGCUGAUCUUCACUGUGUGGAGGGAAGUAAAGCUUUAUCUCACAUUUCCAAAAUUGUUGAGAAACAUUAUGAUGAAGAAGCCAAGCAGGGUCGUCUGCCAUCAUCACAACACUGA